UGGGGGUGAUUAGGUGACUGUGAUGGUAUGAGGGCCCAGCAUUCAUCUGGCAUACCAUAUUGUGCCAGCCCCUCCAAGUAUUGUGGACCCUCAAUCUUGGUUGGCUUCUGGAAUAAAUGGUAAAACAUUUCACUAUUUAAUAUUUACAUUUUUCAAAAUCACUCGCAGGCUGUUGUUGAUUGAUCAAACAAAUUUUAUGUGCAUAUUCAGCAGUUAGUCAAAAUGAGUUUGGAUUACUGAAGUUCGUGAUUACCUUGUGCUGUUUAGGCUAUGUAAUAUCUAUAAUUUUUCGAGAGAUUCCACUGGAAGUUUUGUAGGUAUUACAGCAUUUUCGUCUAUUGUGCCUGUCCAUGGCACACACAAAGUUAAAUAUUUUUGGGAUAUUACAAGGAUGGAGCUGUGAUAAGGAUUUUAACCUUAUCAUGACCAUCUGUGCAUAUUAGUAGGCAUGCAUUCUCUUGAAUACAAAAAUGCUAACAAUUAGCAUAGAUGAUAGCUGUCUGUUUUUGUAAAAAAUGCCACUCUAUUGCUUUCGAACUAUCAAUGCGAAAAGUAAGGUCUUGAACUCAACAAUAUUUUGUUACUAAAUGGCCAAUAUCGUUAUUGUCCAAAAAUUUGAAUAUACUGUUAUUCAAAAUUUAGGCUCCCCCUAAUAUGGUCAUUGAUUGAAGAGUACAAUUAUAGAAUUUGUGUGGUUGGGGUAAUUUGAUGCAAUGUUCACGCCAAGAAUUAUUCUGUUGGAAUAGCUUCUUGAUUCAGUGAGGUGUAGUCACUAGUCAGAAAGCAUAUACUUGAUAAAAGCAUAACUGUUAAAUCUGCUUUUUAAAACGUUGCUUCAGUCUAUAAUUUUGAGUUUUUUUGCAGUGCUUUAAUUUCCUUCACUACAGCAAUGGGGAAACUAAAUAGUAAUUGCAGCAGCAGGGAUUAGAAAAAUAUAAUCCAGAGUGAUGCGUUGAAAGAUUACCCAGGGAUUUAAGGGAAUAUAGCAUUGUGUUCGCUUGUCUCGCUCUCUCGACUAUGCUGCCAGAGCAGUAUUUGGGAGUGAGUUGUGUGUGCGAUGACGCAGUGGUUUCUCAGUGUGAGGUGGGGGAAUGGUAGGGAGGCAGGCCUGACUUUGGCUGAUGCUCCCAUCAUGAUGCUGCGUCACUAGCCAGCAGACGACCCAGACUGAGAGGGUACACUCAAUGAGAGGCUCUACAGCCCCCCAUCCCUCGUCUUUUGAUUUCACCAAGCAUGAUCAAAGAUACCUCCACCCCUUCAGUUACCCUGACAAAAAAAAUGAGCUUCAUGCACAGACCUCUCUACAUGUGCCUAAUAAUGUUUUAUUUUGCGGUGUAACUUACUGCUGAUCAUUCCAUUUAAUUUUACUGGCAAAUCUCGCCAGCUAAUUGAGAGACCAUCCGGAAUGUUAUCGAGAGCAACCGUGUGACAAAAGCAUGACUCUGUGGGCUGUGUCCUGUGGGUUUGUACUUUUUGGGAUGAAACCUGAUCUGAGGGUGAGCAGACUCCGAGUCGCGCUGCGCUGUAGGACACUUUAGACGCUGACAGGUGCUGCUGCUUUUUUGUGAUCUGAUUUCAACUGUGGAAAAGCAACUGUGGAAAAGGACAAAGAACGUCACAGUUCAUCUUUACAAAGCAACCAGGGGCCAUUGAUUGUGAUUUGUAGUUUGUGUGGUGUCUGGGUAUGUUAGGAUUUCAUUUCAAAAGCUAUAUUGGAUUAUAAAACGGGUUGUUUGCAUCCUGGGUGCUAAUUGGUUGAUAGCGGGGAGUUAUAGCACCACAAUCCCCACAUUUUCCAGUAAAUGCCUGUUAACAGUUCUAUUAGAUUGAUCAAUGUCCCACAGCCCAGCCAGUCAUUUUCCUAUGCUACUAGGCUAGCAUUUGGUUUGCCUAAACCGGGGCCAACCAAAUCUCGCCUAGGGCCCAACCAAAUCUCGACUAGGGCCCCUAAUGCCUAAUGAGCUUCCCUGAUAUUUUCCUAAACUGUCCAAUACCCUGCUGAUGCAUUUCAGUGACUUACUGCUGCAUAUACAAAUUGUUACACCUUUCCAAUAUUCAAGUAAUUUAAAACAACAUAUUAAAGUUAUUAUCCUUAUGAUUGUAGUCCUAAAAACUGUAAAUGAGUUACCUCUGGUUCGUUCAGCAAUUCAUAUAGGGAAAAUGUAAUGGGGAAAGAAUAGGGUUUUGGUAUAAACGCCGAAAAUAAGGUCUGAGGUUAACACAGGCUUAUUAGAUCUUAUAUGUUCUAUGAGAUGUCAGUCAAUUAACAUGACCCUUUAUAAAUUAUGAAGCCUUUCAUGUGCUUAGAUUUAAAAAAAUAUAUAUAUAUAUAUAUUACAUAAAUGCUGUAAAUGUUACAUUAGCGGAUGAAGAUGAUCUCAUAGAACAAAACUUAAGAUCUCCUAAGCCUGUGUUUACCAGACCUACACAGACCUUAUUUUCUGCAUUUAUGCCCACAAAAAGACUCCAUUACUAUUGCUCUCUAUAAAAUGUGGUUUUAGGUGUGAAGUUAUAUGGCUACAAUUUGAUUGUUUUAAGUGUGAUUUUAUGACUGCUUACUAAAAAAGCUAUCGCUUACCUUUUCAAAUUUCUAAAUAAAUACUCUAUUUGUUUGGCCCGCGGCCCCAAACUCCGAUUAUAUCUUGGCCCACCAAGCCCAAAAGUGCAUAUGAACGUGACGAGACGGACAGCGUCUCUGAGUCAAGCAAAUUCAUUUAUCAAGAUCAUUAUCAUGUGUAUAUAUCCAAAGAAAUGGCAGUAUAAAUAAAGGUAAAACAGAUGAAAGUGCACAGUUUGCUGUCAUUUUAGCUGCUUGAUGUGAUUGUGUUCACUUUAGUUGGCUUGCUAGCAAAGGAUAAGUAUACUAUAUAUACAAAAGAAUGUGGACACCCCUUCAAAUUUGUGGAUUCGGCUAUAUUAGCCACACCGUGGCACCGUCAUAGGAUGCCACCUUUCCAACAAGUCAGUUUGUCAAAUUUCUGCCCUUCUAGAGCUGCCUCGGUCAACUGUAAGUGCUGUUAUUGUGAAGUGAAUAUGUCUAGGAGCAACAACGGCUCAGCCGCAAAGUGGUAGGCCACACAAGCUCACGGAAUGAUACCCCUGAAUUGCCUGGCGCGUAAAAUUGUCUGUCCUCGGUUGCAACACUCACUACCGAGUUCCAAACUGCCUCUGGAAGCAAAGUCAGCCCAAGAGCUGUUCGUUGUGAGCUUCAUGAAAUGGGUUUCCAUUGAUGAACAACCACACAGAAGCAUAAGAUCACCACGCGCAAUGCCAAGCAUCGGCUGGAGUGACGUAAAGCUCAACGCCAUUGGACUCUGGAGCAGUGGAAUCGUUUUCUCCCUGGAGUGAUGAAUCACGCUUCACCAUCUGGCAGUCCGAUGGACCAAUCUGGGUUUGGUGGAUACCAGGAGAACGCUACUUGCCCCAAUGCAUAGUGCCAACUGUAAAGUUUAGUGGAGGAGGAAUAAUGGUCUGGGGUUGUUUUUCAUGCUUCGGGCUAGCCCCGUAGUUCCAGUGAAGGGAAAUCAACGCUACAAUGACAUUGAAAUCAAUGACAUUCUACACAAUUCUGUGCUUCCAAAGUUGUGGUAACAGUUUGGGGAAGGCCCUGUUUCCGCAUGACAAUGCCCCCAUGCACAAAGCGAGGUCCAUACAGAAAUGGUUUGUUGAUAUCGGUGUGGAAUAACUUGACUGGCCUUCACAGAGCCCUGACCUAAACUACAUCAAACACCUUUGGGAUGAAUUGUAUCGCCGACUGCGAUCCAGGCCUAAUCGCCCAACAUCAGUGCCUGACCUCACUAAUGCUCUUGUGUCUGAAUGGAAGCAAGUCCCUGCAGCAAUGAGCCAACAUCUAGUGGAAAGCCUUCCGAGAGGAGUGGAGGCUGUUAUAGCAGCGAAGGGAGGACCAACUCUAUUAAUGCCCAUGAUUUUGGAAUGAGUUGUUCGACAAGCAGGUGUCUACAUACUUUUGGUCAUGUUGUGUAGCUAGCCUGCAUAGCUACAUGCCAAUGAUUUUAGCAUAGCAACCAUUGCAUAUAGAAUGAACGACCAGCCCGUUUUGAUAGCAACCUCAGAACCUCAGAACUAAAAACUGUUUUUUGCCCUUCCUAUAUAUAUAUAUGGUGGUAGGAUACAAUUCAUUUACUCAAUAUAAUAACAUUUGUAAUAUGUUGGCAACCGUUUUUUAGAAGCAAUAAGGCCCUCAAACAGCCCAUAGUUAUUCACACAAUAAUUCCUGGGUUCUCAUUCGUCAUUGCUUAACUAUUGCUGAGCACACCACAUUAGAAUAUUUCCUGGAAUAUGGUUUCCUUCAUAGGUCUCAUAGGCCAUGAGUCCAGCCGAGGGUCAUGGUACCGUAGAAGGCCCAAAAUUUGUCAUCAUUCAUUCAAAGUUCAUUGACAUUUUUAAAUGCAAUGGUUAGCUAGCUAUUUGGGACUGAAUUUGUACUUUUUCCCCCUGGAGCACUUUUCUUCUGCUUUUCUUUAAUCAGCUUCUGUAGUUGAGUUACGUUAAGGCCUACUGUAUGUCAUAGUGCUAAAGAAGUGUUUGUUAUAAACAAGUCUAUUUUAAUCAUUUGGGGAAAAUCUAACAUUAAUUAUACUGCACAUUUCUGUGAGAAUAUGAUGGUGGAGAGAAGGCUGUUUGAGGGAUUAAAUAACUUUUCCAACCGAUUUUCAUAGCCCAUAUCUCAGUUUAUUGCACGGCAUGCUUUCCUUUGACAUCGUUGUGCUUUUAUUCUGCCCAAUUAAUAAUGUUGAAGCUAUUGCUUUGGGUCUUUUGUAAUAGUUUUCCUAAUCAAUUAUUAACUUCAAAUCUGGCGCCAUGCUUUUUUAGUUCUGGCCAUCAUGCAGGGAUGUGAUGAAAUAUUCUAGUAGUGUACAGGCAUCAAAUCUCCCUGCCAUGGUCCUUUUUGUAGCUUUUUUCCCUUGUCGGAAAGGUCGUUGGUGCUUGUUUUUGUGUAUACGUUUUGGGUCAUGUGUAGGAUGCAGUCUUCCAAAAUUGCUACAGCUAAAUGGGAGGUGAUUGAUGGAAAUGGAAUAAUCACUGAUGCAAUCAUUAUUUUAAGACUUGCUCUGAUAUACAAACGCAGUGAUUUAUUCAAACCACAAUUACAUAAUUUAAGUUGUAUCAUUUAUGGAAAGGAACACAGUAGCAAGGGUUCACACUGAGAACUGAGAAUGGGGCCUUGUGACAACCUAUUGAAUGUGUGUUGAUCAGAAGCUAACAUGUCCCUCUCUUUCAGGAGAAGAGACUUCAGCAUGCAAACCUUCAUCUGUCCAGCUUGCUCCCUUGUUUUUGUUCCACGCUUCUGGGCUUCUGAUGGCUGCUCCCAUUCCCCAUUCGCACCAGCAGUACAGUGAGCAGCACCAACAGACUAUUGACCCGUCUGUGCCGGCUCUGCCCCACAGCGAGCAGGCGCAGCAGUCUAUUACCAGCCAGGUGACCCCUGAUGUUGUCAUGUUACAGAGGCGCAUGCCCCAGUGCUUUCGCGACCCGUCCUCAUCUCCCCUAAGGAAGCUCUCUAUUGACCUGAUCAAAACCUACAAAUGCAUCAACGAGGUAUACUAUGCAAAAAAGAAGCGGAGACACCAACAGGGCCAGGGCGACGACUCCAGUCACAAGAAAGAGAGGAAGGUCUUCAACGACGGCUAUGAUGACGACAACUACGACUACAUCGUCAAAAACGGGGAGAAAUGGAUGGACCGCUACGAGAUCGACUCCUUGAUAGGCAAAGGCUCGUUUGGACAAGUUGUAAAGGCAUAUGACCGUGCAGAGCAGGAGUGGGUGGCAAUUAAGAUCAUCAAGAACAAGAAGGCUUUUCUUAAUCAAGCCCAGAUUGAAGUGCGGCUCCUCGAGCUCAUGAACAAACAUGACACGGAGAUGAAGUACUACAUAGUUCACCUUAAGCGCCACUUCAUGUUCCGGAGCCACCUGUGCUUGGUGUUUGAGAUGCUCUCCUACAACCUGUACGACCUGCUGCGGAACACCAACUUCCGUGGCGUCUCACUCAACCUCACACGCAAGUUUGCCCAGCAAAUGUGCACAGCGCUGUUGUUCCUGGCCACGCCCGAGCUCAGCAUCAUUCACUGUGACCUGAAGCCCGAGAACAUCCUGUUGUGCAACCCCAAGAGGAGCGCCAUCAAGAUCGUGGACUUUGGCAGCUCCUGCCAGCUGGGACAAAGGAUCUACCAGUACAUCCAGAGUCGCUUCUACCGCUCCCCAGAGGUGCUGCUGGGCAUGCCUUAUGACCUGGCCAUCGACAUGUGGUCCCUGGGCUGCAUUCUGGUGGAGAUGCACACCGGAGAGCCCCUCUUCAGUGGGGCCAAUGAGAUUGAUCAAAUUAACAAAAUAGUGGAAGUUCUGGGUGUCCCUCCCAAUUACAUAUUGGACCAGGCGCCCAAGGCCAGGAAGUUAUUUGAGAAGAUAUCGGACAGCACGUGGGGUGUAAAGAAGACCAAAGAUGGCAAAAGGUAUAAGCCGCCGGGCAUGCGGAAGCUGCACAGCAUCCUGGGUGUGGAGGCGGGAGGUCCUGGGGGGCGGCGGGCGGGCGAGUCUGGCCACGCUGUCGCUGACUACUUGAAGUUCAAGGACCUGAUCCUUCGGAUGCUGGACUACGACCCCAAGAGCCGCAUCCAGCCCUACUACGCCCUGCAGCACAGCUUCUUCAAGAAGACUGCGGAUGAGGGGACCAACACGAGCAGCAGCGUGUCCACCAGCCCCGCGCUGGAGCAAUCCCAGUCCUCGGGAACCACCUCCAGCACCUCCUCCAGCUCAGGAGGGUCGACUGGCACGAGCACCAGUGGGCGGGCGCGCUCGGACCCAACACAUCAGCACCGGCACAGCGGAGGUAACUUCAGUGCUGCCGUGCAGGCCAUGGACUGCGAAAAUCUCUGCCCACAGGCGAGGCAGCCGUUCCCUCCUCCAGUUGGCUGGGCUGGUGGCAAAGGGGCGCAGACAGUGACAGUGGAGACCCACCCCGUCCAGGAAACCACCUUUCACGUGCCUCCCCAGGCGCCCAAGGCCAUCCACCCCUUGGCCCCCGGCAACAGCUCCUCCGCCCACCAGCACCAUCACCACGGACACCAUCACUUACACCAUCACCCCCACCACCCCCAUGCACAGCAGGGCCUGCCUGCGCAGCCCCGCCUCUACCACUCCCCUAUCAACAGUGCCUCCACAGAGAACUCGGUGGAGGUGGUGCACGGCCACCUGUCUAUGACCUCCCUGUCUUCCUCCUCCUCCUCCACAUCUUCCUCCUCCACCGGGGCCCAGGGGAACAAGGCUUACCAGCUGCGCCCGCUCCCCACCAACGCAGCCUUGGACUUUGGCCAGAACGGCAGAAUGGGACUGGGUGCCUUCUCCAACCCCAGACAAGAGACUGGGAUGGCGGGCCACCCCACCUACCCCAUGGGCAUGAGACAAGGCGUAGACAGGGAGGAGUCGCCCAUGGUAGGAGUCUGUGCGCAGCAGAGUUCUGUCGCCAGUUCGUGACAACUGAGAAUGUUUGUUUUUUUGAAGGUGGUGGGUUUUUAUUUCAACAAAAAAUGUGCAUAAAGAAUCAAAAAGCUGCUUUAAACUGGAGGGGAAGCUUAUCACUGACCCUCUACCACAGUGCAGAGCCCACCAUCUCUCCAACUCCUCCCCAUGCCACCCUUGGGUUUCUCUCUUCACUUUGGUUUCAAAUUAGAUUUUUCGCUCCACCAUUUUCAGUGUUCACAGGGAAUUAGAUUUUUUACUACAAACGAUCUUGCAUAACAUACUUCACAACAGUACUGAAACAUCCAUUCAUUUCACAUACAACUCUCACUCGACUCUGCAUGGUUUGCAUUAUUCCUUGUUAUUGUCAGCCGAGAGCUUAGAAGUCUGUGGGUAGAAAAUGAUGGAGACAUUAUUUGUUGACGGCUAUUUAGUAAAGAAAUUGUUAAAGCACCAUAACAUUUCCAGCAACUCCUAUCCACACAUUUGCACUUUUUUCCAUAUUCGGCAAGAAUAAUUUUCUCUUUGGAUUUAUGUUCUCAUUUUAAUUGUUCUGUUCUGUUGUGCAAUUCCACCUGUGAGCUGUGAGACCUGAAGUGUAUACUACAAAGCAGGAUCAAUGAGUUAGCUAACUUUUAUAAACAACCAGGUUACUGUCAUUAGACCAUUUCCAUUUCAAGCUUAUGUAUUUUUUAAAUAAGUUAUUUCAGAAUAUUUAGGCAAGUUGGCUGGCUAACUGAUCCUGCUUUGUAGUAUACCUGUCUAUAGAGUGGCGGAGGAUUGAAGCAUUAUGCAGGAGUUUCCAUCUCGCUGGGUUUGUCUGUGUCACGCUUUCUUUGAGAGGGAUGUGGAUGUGCUGCGCUGGGGGCCAGCCAUGUACAGCUGUGCAGCAGAGUGCUAUGCUGGGAGGCCCCAGGCCAGUAAAGGUGGGCCCUCGUAGCCCUCCUCUGGACUGGUAAAAAGGCCACACUGAAGAGAUGUACUUAGGAGCAGUGGCCAGGGCCGAACCACCCCAAACCUACAGUACAGAUGUCCGGGCAGUGUCCGUUUUUUUAGAUAACUCUUUGGCCUUAUGUUUUUUUUGGACUCUGAAAUUAAGGGUGGGGGGUGGGUAAAGAAGCUGUACAUUAUUGUUUAAAUGAGAAAAUAGCUUUCCUCUAUUUUUGAAGUUUGGAUAAAAAAAACAUAAUUCUUAACAAAGGAAAAAGUUGAAAAAAAUGUGUUUUGAGAAUGGUAAUUUGAGGCCUUUAACUAAAACGUGUGGCUUGCGAGGUCCAGUGAUUGCCGGGCCUUGUUAGUUCACAGAAGUAUUUUUGUUGCAAGAUGGAUGGAAUUAGCUAUGACUGUGUCCCUUCCAACUUUUUACUUGUUUUUCUUUGUUUCUUCAGCAUGUGGUUCCUCCAACAGAGCUUCUGCAAAAAUGUCUUCUGUUCAUCUUCAAAAUGAAAACAUGCUGAAUUUUAUGUGACUGCUUUUUUUGCCUCACAAUUAUGCUGUGAAUUUUACAAGAAUUUAUUUUCCCUUUUUGAUAAUUUAUUGUACCAAAGCUGUUUUAUAGCACAUAGAUGUCUGUAACCAAUAAUGUAGCAGUUCUGCACUUUGACACAAGGUGUAUCAAGACCUUUUUUAAAUGUCAGUAAAAAUGGCUGUAUCUAUUGCUUUAGCAAAACCUUAACUGUUGUUGAACUCAGUACAUUUACUGUUAGCUGUAUCUUCAACAGAAUUGGUUGUAAGGUUUUUUUCUCUCUAAAAAGACAACAAUAACUAUCAAAAACAAAUCUCUCAUUGGUAGAACUUUUUUCUGUUCUCAAGGACUUGAGGGACAAUAGAUGCCAACGCUGGUUGCUACUCUGCGGGUUCCGGAGUAUCAGUAUGGUGGCUGUUAGUUGAGGCAAGUCCUCGUAUUCAUGAGUUGAAAGUGAGAGGGGAAAGAUGUGAACAGUGCAUUAAUCCUUCAAUUUGUGACCAGAUAUUCAGAGGCUGUUUCAAACGUGCCUGUCUGGAUAAAGCUACCUUGACUACUUUCGGCAGUCUUCAUGGCAGUGGCUAAAAUGGUGCCCCUUUUCCCCCCUCAAUUUAGAAGCAAACUGUUUUGACCUAGCUAGCAGAGAGGCACUGUACACAUCCACAUUUUUGCUGGGAUACUGCUCUAAACUAGCUAAAAUCCAUGUUUGACUGAAGCUCUCACCAUGGAGGUUGAAUCCAAAAGGAAACUAGUAGGGACGAAUGGUGUGAGAGGUGAGCCCUGCCUGCUGGAGUGUCAUACUCCAGUCUCAUCGUGUGAUGCCUGAGGAUACGGGAGAACUGGCCUAAGUUUUGUACCCGUUGCAAAAAUUUAAGGGGGCGGCAACAGCUAGAGGAAAGGUGUCUAUGACAUCACAGGCUUCAGGUGUUUACUUUUCAACCCCAUUUUAAUAGCUGAAAUAGAAUUUAUUAUGUAUAUUUGUAUUUUUUUAUUAAAGGAAGUUUAGAACUCACUACUUUUUUCCUAAUGGUAUUUUGAGUACAUUUAAGUCAAUGUGGAGACCAUGCAGUGGAAGUUCUGUGAUAUUAGUCAGUGGGUAACCGUGCUUCCAGGCCAAAGUAGUUGACAAUGCCAGUACAAAUGCAAAACUUUUAGGGUUUAAAUUAACCGGAGAGUAGAUAUUCAUACCUUAAAUAUUAUAGACAGGGUAUAGUGUGUGGAUGUGUCUACAAACCUGAAUGACAGCUGUGUUUUAAUAUAUAAAUACAUAAGCAAUUAUGUACAUAUAUUACAGGAACAAUUUUUAGGUGCAUUAAAAUUGGCAUAAGCUUCCACCGUGGGGCCAUUUGCAGUCGGGCUACUGAUAGGUGUGUGUGAAAGUGAAAGCCACGAUCGUCAACAAACAUUCAACUUUUACUCCCAAGUGUUCAAUAUCAUUUCUGCUCUGCUCCCUAUUUCAUUGGAAUACAGGCUUUUUAUUGCCACCCUUGCCUUCCUGUCCCCCAGUCGUCUGGUUUUGAGUCAUUGACAACAGUUUGGUUACAGGACAUCUGACGUGCAUUGUAAAGAUUAAACGGCAUGGGAAAAGAAAUACCUGUGUCCACAGAUUGUAAGAUCUAGUCAAUACUUGCUCUGUAUAUGAGAAUGUUCCCAAAAAAUUUUUUAAAUGGACAAGCCCUUUGUAUUAUAUUCAAGCGAUCUUAUGUAUGAUAUUAAAAAAAAAAGUGAAUCAA